AUGGCUUCCGACGCGUUGCGUCGAGGCGCUCCGUUCAGGGUCUCGGUUAUCCUUAUCGCCGCCGCCCUGGUCCGCCUCGCCGCGUCGGCUGCUGAUGCGGCGGAGAGGACGGCGGCGAGCGGCCCGGAGCCGGACUGGCACGUCGUCAGCGUCGCCUCGCUGCUGCCGCCCGCGGCAUGCACGGCGUCCAAGGAACCGCCGCCGCCGAAGGAGCUCGCCCCGGGCCCGAGCCACCCGCGCCCCACCUCCCUCACCACGUCGCCCAGGAGCCGCCGCCCUCUCCCCGCCAUCGCGCCGGCGUCCUGCCAAAGGAGCCUCGUCCUGCGCCGCCGCAGAUUGCCCCGCCCCCGCGCCGCCGUUGCCUCGCCGACCCCGCCGGCCAUGCCCCAUCCUGCCGCCGCCAGAGCCCGCCCCGAGUACCCACUGCCGGUGGUUGCCACCACCGCCUCCACCCCGUGCGCCACCAUCUCCUGCCAACCCCGCCUGGCCCUGCUCCGCUCGCCGGCGCGCCACCGUCUCCUGUUGACCCCGCCGGCCAUGCCAUCCCGCCGCCGCGCGAGCCCGCCCCAAGUACCCACCGCCGGUGGUUGCCACCACCGCCUCGGCCCCGUGCGCCACCGCCUCCUGCCGACCCCGCCUGGCCCUACUCUGCUCGCCGGCAGGUGUACCUUGAGAGAGAGAGAGAGGUGA